ACCAUAUGGCGUCGCCAAAACCUCGCCGUUUGGCGACGGUCGCCAUAUGGCGUUGCGGCUUUUCCAACGCCUCGCCGUAUGGCGUUACGGCGUCGCCAAAGCCCCGCCGUAUGGCGUCGCAUUGGUGGCGUUCCGGUGUUGCCAACACCUCGCGGGUUGGCGACGUUCAACGUAUGGUGUGGCCUUAACAACCUUAGCUACGAUUCUUAGCAUCCGUUGCCUCUUAUGGAUUUUUGUUUAUGCCAUAUACACUCUUAGGAACCCUCAGAGAUCUCAUAAUAUAUCCGCUAUCUUGGGACGAAGCAGAGGAAAGGACGAAGCAGAGGAAAGGGCAUUACAUUUAAUUAAAGAAGCUACUGCUGUUACACUGCAUAUGCUUGUCAAUCUACACAGACUUGUCGUAUACGACCAGGAUAAACAUGUCUGUCACGGAUGAAGCUGGAUUUGUCCUAUCAUAGAUAAUAUGUGGGUGGGUAUCCAUGGUGUGUGACUUAUGUUCAUAUUUACAGAGAAGUUGGAAAUUCUGUAUGAUUGCCUGUGUUAAUAUUUGGGAUUUUAUAAAAAACUCUUAUUUGUCUUUUUGUGUUUAAUAUUUAAUCAUUAAUAUGUUGAUGAUGUGGCAAGUAGAAUGUGUGGCUAUUAUUUAAGGAAUACUCUUCCAAGCUUGCUGAUCUUG